AUGGCCCGAACCAAGCAAACAGCGAGAAAGUCCACCGGAGGAAAAGCGCCUCGUAAACAGCUGGCUACUAAGGCAGCUCGAAAGAGCGCUCCUGCUACUGGUGGCGUGAAAAGCCGCACCGUUACAGGCCAGGAACAGUGGCCCUCAGAGAGAUCCGUCGUUAUCAGAAGUCCACCGAGUUGCUGAUUCGCAAGUUACCGUUUCAGCGUCUUGUUCGAGAAAUCGCUCAGGAUUUCAAGACCGACUUGCGCUUUCAAAGCUCAGCCGUGCUGGCUCUUCAAGAGGCUAGCGAAGCCUACCUGGUCGGUCUUUUCGAGGACACCAACCUUUGCGCCAUUCACGCUAAACGUGUCACCAUCAUGCCUAAAGAUAUCCAGUUGGCUCGUAGGAUCCGGGGCGAACGUGCAUAA